UCACUUUCCUACUUGUGCUCCCGUUGACUUGCACAUGGAGGGAGCAACUAGACACUCGUAUAAAUGUGUUAAAAUAGCUACCCGUGAAUCAAAUGAAAGACGGUUAAAUUUAAUAUGUCGUUUGACAAAGAUAUACGUUUUUUUUUUUUUUUACUACACCGGGAAAUUUGACUAAACAUUGCUAGUGAGCCGCUGGGGAGUUUUUUUGUUUAGUGUGGGGUUGGCGCCGUUUCUUUCAAUUCGUUGGGAAACGUUGAAUGAGUCUCAAAAGACGCCCUAUGACCCGAUUUCGGACUGAAGUUGAGAUGUGGGCAGAACCGUAACCAGGUGAAGAGGAAAAGACCAGACGAAAGCGAAGGCUAAACUCUCCUCGCCGUCCGACGGUGGUCGUCAGAGCCACAUGAUCGACACGCUAACCUGAGCUGCACAUCUCUCUCCUUCUUGUUCAAUCUCUCUCUCUCAUUCUUUCCCUCUCUCUCCUUCGACUUCUCUGGCAGGCUACACAUUGCAGUGAGUCAGUAUCAUGGAGGCAGGCAGCGGGGCUGCCGCAGCGGUGGGUAGUGCAGCGCUUGGACUGCUGGGAGCCACAGCCACGUCCAGCUUUGACGUCUUGGACAGGGGCCUAAGACUCGGACGGCAUCUGGAGGACGACGACUUUGUGCCUGAACUGGCUCACAUACAUCCCAGAGAGCGACCUGACUGGGAAGAAACCAUCAGUGCCAUGGCAAGAAGCGCCGAGAUCCCCGAGCUGCGAACGGAGCCCCUCAUGCGCUCGUGCAGCAGCAGCACAGCAAGCAUGAAGGUCAAGAAUGUUAAGAAACUUUGCUUUACCAAGGGCCACUUUCCCAAACUGGCAGAAUGUGCUCAUUUUCACUAUGAAAACGUGAUUCAGUUGUCUCUCGGCGAUGAACAGAGUGAAGUGACGCGGAACAGCCAUGAGUCCAAGGAGCUCGUAUACUUGGUUCAUAUUUACUGUCAGGGUCGAAGCUGGAUUGUAAAACGUAGCUAUGAGGAUUUCCGUGUCUUGGACAAGCACUUGCACCUGUGCAUAUAUGACCGCCGUUUCUCUCAGCUGCCGGAGCUGCCUAGACUCGACAGUUUGACAGAUCAACCAGAGUCUGUUUCCCAGAUGUUGUUGGGUUACCUCUCCCGGCUUUCGGCCAUUGCUGACAACAAGAUCAACUGUGGGCCUGCGCUCACGUGGAUGGAGGUUGACAAUAAGGGAAAUCAUCUUUUAGUACAUGAAGAGUCAUCCAUCAACGUGCCAGCAAUUGCAGCUGCUCAUGUCAUCAAGCGCUACAUUGCACAGGCUUCGGACGAGCUGUCCUUUGAGGUUGGUGACAUUGUGUCAGUGAUUGACAUGCCUCCCAAAGAAGACACCACCUGGUGGAGGGGAAAGCAUGGCUUUCAGGUUGGCUACUUUCCCAGUGAGUGCGUGGAGCUGAUAAAUGACAAAGUGCCACAGUCGAUGACCAACUCAGUGCCCAAGCCAGCGUCGCCGUGCUCUGGCCUGCCGCCUGCCUCAUGGAGUCUCUUCCCUCCCUAUUUGGAGAUGGAGAGUGUAAUACAGGACAGUGCAUGGGUGGCCGACCCGCUUAACCACUACAGCCUAAGUUCAGUGUCUAAGAAGCAUGGCAAGCUGAUUACCUUCUUGCGCUCCUUCAUGAAGUCCAGACCCACCAAGCAGAAGUUGAAACAGAGAGGCAUCCUCCGGGAGAGGGUGUUUGGCUGCGACCUAGGGGAGCAUCUUCUCAACUCUGGACAUGACGUUCCCCAGGUCCUCAAGAGCUGUACCGAGUUCAUCGAGAAGCACGGUGUGGUGGAUGGCAUCUACCGCCUCUCUGGAAUCGCUUCGAACAUUCAGAAAUUGCGGCACGAGUUUGACUCUGAGCAAAUUCCCGACCUGACCAAGGAUGUUUACAUCCAGGACAUCCACUGUGUUGGCUCGCUGUGCAAGCUCUACUUCAGAGAACUGCCCAACCCCUUGCUUACCUAUCAGCUCUAUGAAAAAUUUUCUGAGGCCGUAUCAGCAGCAACAGAUGAAGAACGACUUAUUAAAAUCCAUGACGUCAUCCAGCAACUUCCUCCUCCACAUUACAGAACUCUAGAGUUUCUCAUGAGACACCUGUCCCGCCUGGCGGCAUUCAGCUACAUCACCAACAUGCACAGUAAAAACCUGGCGAUUGUCUGGGCCCCCAACCUGCUGAGAUCAAAACAGAUUGAAUCGGCAUGCUUCAGUGGCACAGCAGCCUUCAUGGAAGUUAGAAUCCAGUCGGUUGUGGUUGAGUUCAUUCUCAACCAUGUGGAUGUGCUGUUCAGCACCAAACUUAGCUCAUUAAUUCGUGAGGGAGCAGGUCAUAACACAUUGUCACGGCCAAAGUCCCUGCUGGUUUCAUCACCAUCUACUAAACUUCUAAGUUUGGAGGAGGCUCAGGCUAGAACUCAGGCUCAGAUCAACUCUCCAGUUACUGAAGAUAGCAAGUACAUUGAGGUUGGCGAAGGUCCUGCAGCCCUGCAGGGCAAGUUCCACACCGUCAUAGAGUUUCCCACAGAGAGGAAGAGGCCUCCUGUUAAAUCGAAAAAAUCUCCUGUGGGUAGUUGGCGUUCUUUUUUCAACCUUGGCAAGUCUUCCUCCCUGUCCAAGCGAAAGCUGCAACGCAACCCGAGUGAGCCCAAUGAACUAAAGGCAAUGGCUCUCACUGGUGGCAGAGGAGAUACGGCUACGUUGAGAUCAGCUAAAAGUGAAGAGUCACUGAGUUCUCUACAUAACGUUGAAGGAGAAUCAAAAGUGUAUCGUCCAAGGCGGCCACGGUCAAGCAGCGAUGCCCUUUCGACUUCAUUCAAUGCAGAGUUGUUGGACGGUCGACAGCACUGCAACUCUUACGACAACCUAGGAGCCGCAGAGGACAGCGACGGAGACGAUGGGCCCAUCUGUGUACCCGCUCUGAUCUCGCCUCCACGCUCCGCUGGUGAAGAAGUGGACCUCAGCCCCCCAGACAUCGGCAUGGCCUCCUUGGACUUUGACCCCAUGUCUUUCCAGUGCAGCCUCCCUGACGCGGCUUAUGCGUUUCCCCUGGUGGAUCCGCAUGCAGGGGCUGAAGGUUCCACAUUGAAGAGGAGCCCUGGUACACUUUGGGGAAAGACUAACGGAUCAGACCUCAUCUCUUCCUCCUUCCUCGACAACUUGACAUCAUCCUUGUUGUCCACAGAGAAAGUAGAAAGUCAGAAACUCACCACUUCCUAUUCAUACUCUGAUAAACCCACACAAGCUGUGUCGCCCAUUCGGAAUCUAAAGACUGUAACUUCUGUCUCUUCAGAGCUUUUAUCUGUAGAGGUGCCUGACAGGAUUACCAGCGAAGAGGUGGGAGCUCCAGAAAUGUUAUCUCCUCCCAAAGCAGGAAAAGACUCUCCUAUUUCUGUAAAAGCUGAGCCAUCGCUAAUUGAAGCUUUUCAAAUGGAGCUGCACUCCAAACUGGCAACCCUUGACAGUGCUGACUGCGAAGAAUUAAACCGAGAGGACUCUUUUCAACAGGUGUCAAAUGGAACCCAGAACCUUAAAGGAGGAAAACAUGCAGAUCCAGACGCAAAAGAUAUGACCACACAUUCCCUCAGCACUCUCGCUACCGUUUCAGCGCCGCCGCCCCCUGCUCCAAAAGAGGCGGAACGUGUCUUAGCCCUGGUUCUUGCUGAGUCAGCAGAGCAAGUCUCCGUACAGCCCCAGCAAUGGUCUGCCGAGCACCUGACACCAGUGUCCCCUCUGCAGCCGCAUGCUCCCGACAUCCAGGUCUCACCGGGUCCGCUCUUCCAGACUUCCUAUGAGGGGGGAGACAAACAAGGAAGUUCUGUGUCACAAAAUAUCACCGUCUCUUUCGUCACCCCCGUCCCGUGCAUUCCUGCUUUGUCAAGUCUGUCAAAAGAACAGCAGGCGCUUGAGUUGACUAAAAUGAAAACUAGGCCAUCAGACAGUGCCAAGGCCAUAAAAACUCCAGAAAUUGACUCAAUUUCUUCUGGUACACUUGAUAAAAAGGUCUCUCAAAGUACAGUCAACCCAAAUUCUCCUAUCAGGAGUCCAGAAAGUCAGUCCUUUGUUGUACAUGACUUGGUUUCCACCAGCAUUACAGAUACCAAACCACUGGCAUUUGAAAGCAGUGCAGCCUUUCCCGGUAGCAGCAUCAAAGACGCAAGAGGCUCACGACAACAUCCUGUUGAGGUCAAGAACAAGGAAGGCGCAAAGCCCAUUUGUGUUCCAAAAUCCUCAUCAUCGGAGCAGCAGGCUCCAGCAGUCCCAAAAGCCAAAAAACCAGGGCUACCACAAUCCCAACAUCCAACGCAAACUCAACGCCAAUGCCAAGCCCAGAAACUGCGCCCGUCCCACACGCAAAUUCCACCCCAAACUCAGUCACUGUCAAAAACCAGUUCAAUAACUGCACUGACCUCCUCUGAGCAUGUUGAUACCUCUUACCCAGAGUUAGCUAAAAUCAACCCCAAUGGAUCCACACCCCCAGCCCCUCCAAUCCGCACUAUGGAGAGCAAACUAGCCACAGCUGCACUCAGUCAGAGUGAAGCUGCGUAUCAGAGCUUAGGUGAGAAAUCCGCAGCUGGCCAUCUAGAGGAUGUGAUUCCUCACCAUUCUCUUUCUCCUCAUAAACCUUCCACGCAUCUCCACUAUGUUAAAGGUGACGCAGUCCUAUUCGAGCCUUCGGGAGUUGCCUAUUACCACCAGAGGCCCGUUUCAAUGGGUCCGCAGACCAUGCCCCACCACUACAGACAAAACAGCGUCCCCUCACACCUCCCUUACGUGUCUAAGUCUGAACCGCAGAUACCUUACAGUGCCCGACUUGACAAUAAAUACAGCACUUUAGGCCCUAGGUCCUACCACCAUUCUAUCAAGGCAAGAGGAAACACCCGGAGUUUUUACGGGGCUCCGGGACAUCAGGGUUAUAGCCAUGACAGAACCCAGGGCUAUCCCACCAUUCGCAGAGUCCACUCGCUCCACGUUCCUACCACUAUCCGCACAGUACCUAUCCAAAGAACUGAAGUUCCUCCAGACGAUAUGUUCUAUUACCAUCGACCUCUGUAUCCGUGCAAACCCUACCAGCAGCCCCCGCAGCAGUCCUCGCAAGCCGACUAUCACGUCACUCAACUGCAGCCUUACUUUGAGAACGGCCGAGUCCAGUACCGCUACAGUCCGUACUCUGGUUCUAUGCCUCUAGAGGCUCCUUACUACGAUAUCGACCCUUACGGCACCAUCCGCGUACACCAUCUCCACUCGGCCAGUAGAGAUUCAGGUAGCGCGGUAUGCAGACCCAACGGAAAGGCUACAGGGUACCACUACCUCGCUCGCCAUGUUCUCCCACCCGGAAAGGAGCACAGUUUUGUGAGCAGGGACAUGCCGCCGAGUCAUUGCACCAAGGAAGUUCCUUCUUACCUCUCCUGGGACCCCGAGGAGUCGGAAUGUCUACGCAUGCAGUCUAUCCGUAGAGAGAGCAGGGCCAGGCAGAAGAUUAAAGGUCCAGUUCUCUCUCAGUAUGACAAUAUAGGCUCGUUUACACCAGUCGAUAUCCCUGGCUAUGACACUUUGCACUCGCGCAGUAAGUCUGAUCCAGGUAAAGCUUUGCCGGGUGCAACCGAGGGCAAAGACGGUCGCUAUCUACCCAGACACAUGGUCUCCGACCCUAACGUCUUAGUAUGUUUGGAGACGGACAAGCACUCCCAAGCUGGUCAAACAGGAGACAAAUUGGACGGGCUGGCGAAGCAAAGCAGCUCUAAGAAAUGCCAAUCAUCCCAUUCCAUUCCUGCGACUCUGAGCGGACUCUCCCAUCAGCAGGAGAGCAGCCAGCACGAGACUUCAAGUGAAAAGCUUGUCGAAAGCGGCGGCCGGUCCAAACACUGGCAGCCGCCCCACCCGAACAAGAGGAGUUUACAGACACGUUACGAGUGCCCUGACGCCGAAUACCGAGGUAAAGCUAAAACGACUGACACUCAUCACGGUCCAGAAGAUCAGCCGUCCGCUCUCAAGGAGCAGCUCGCCCACUGCAAACCCGAACGAUCGCACAGUAUGCGCGAGCAACAUCUCUAUAGCCACGUCAAGGAUGAACCGGACGGAGACUACUUGUAUCACAAACACGGCAGCAAACCCGCGCAAUCCCACUACGACAACUUGGACGAUUACCACCCAGUACCUCAACCCCAGGGCUCUGUUCCAAAACGCAGUGGCUGUAGUCCCUACCCGGUCCCGGGAUUUGCGCACAACAGAGCGUACUCCACAGCGUUAGGCCAGGGAGCCUUCCUCCAGACUGACCUGGGUAUCCAGAGGCCAGAAACGGAGAUAUGUACGGAAUAAAAGCGUUCCAUCGUGAAACGUCUUUUCGAAGAAAGACUGAGCUACGAUUGAGCAGCCUCUGCAGGACAGUGGACUGUCGUACCACCAAUAUUUUUGCUCAUCUUUAUUUUCAACAAAUUGUAAAGGAAAAUGUAAGACUUUUUACACAAAGUCGUGAAUGUACCCAAAGCUUUUUUCUUUCCAAGAGCCCAUUUUUGCUGUGAUUGAGUGAGAACUAGUCAGAAAUAUUAUACAACAGAUGUAAAGGUACUUUAAAACCGGAAUGACAAAUCUCUAAUACGGUACAAUACAAUGUCACAUAUAUAUUUAUAUCUAGAUAUAUACAGUACAUAUGAAUCUAUAAUAAAAGGGGAUGCUGUAUUUUUGUAGAUGUGGCCAUCGGGUUAAAGCAAAAAUGGGGAUAAGGUUUGCAUUUUAGAAAUGCAUGCACUCUCUUACAGAACAGUUCUGUGUACUUCGCUGUUCAUUACAUUAUUGCUAAGUAUUGCAGCACAAGGGAGGAGGACUGAUGUUAACAUAUCACAGCCUCCCUCCACUAAUAUGCACACAGGUAGGCAGUACACUGUGUACACACUUGAUUGUCUUUUGAGAAAGUUCGACAACAAUCUGUUAUGUCAGUUCAAAUCGUUAGUCGUCAUCUUUUAUGUUCUUUGUGCCAUUUUAUUUCUGUUUGCUAAAACAUUUCAGUUCAUUCUAGUGGAAUGUUUUGGUACUUGGGAAAGGGGGACCAGCUUUAGUUCAAGACUGUUUUGUUUCAUGUUCACAAUACAUCGGUGAGACCUCAUUUGUCAUAAAUAAAAGCUGGAAAUGUUUUCUUCGACAACAAUCCUACUUUAUAGAGGGAAAAAAACGACCUGUUAUUUUAACGCUAAUGUAAAUCUUGCCCGUAUUAUGCAAACAAUUUAUAUAGUCAAUGAUUGAAAUGUGUAUUUCAGGGUGAAAACAUGCAGUACAUUCAUUUGGUACUGAAUAGUGGAGUUUCAAUUCUUUUAAAAACAAAUUGGAUUGUAUUCUGUAACUGUUUUACCCAGUAUAUCGCUUGCAGAUGUUGCUCCUCCUGCCUUAUCUAAAGUCUCUUCCUUUUCAGAUGAGGCAGAAGUAAGACACCGUUGUACUUUAAUGUGAAAUUCUUGUCUCUAACUAAUGGGUAAUUAAUAAGUUAGAUAUAAAAUCAAUAAAACUGUUCAGGAAUAGCACUU